AUGUUGCGGUCCUGUUUUUCGCAAAGCUCGAGGGCCGUCGCCUCCUCCAGCACAUGCACCCGGGCAGGCCUGCACACCUCCGCCGUCUGGCGAGCCGAGGGCCACCGCGAACGCACCGCCCGCCAAGCUAAAAAGGCCAACCUCGAGCAGCGCGCCGAGCGCCAACGCCUCGCGCAGGCCACCCGCCCGCACGUCGUCCUUGGCACGCGGCCAGGCGACGAGUCGAAAUGGUCGACAUGCGACCUCGCGAAGGUCCUCGUCACCGAGGAGCAACUGCUCGCCUCGCCCGCGCCGCAGCUCGUCUCGCACCCGCUCGGCGAGCUGCGCCUUCCCCCACUCUUCCAGUUCGGCGUGCGCGAGGAGGAGAAAAGGCUGCUGUUCGAGACGCUGCCCGUCCUCUCGGCGGAGGCGGCGACGACGCGCAACGACGUGCGCGUGCGGCGCGCGCAGAACUCAAGGCAGGGCGCGGACCCGUCUGCGUUGAUGGCGGAGUACCAGCGCGAGAUGGUCGGCGAGGUGCGGAAGAUGAACCAGAUGGCGAGCUUGCUGGACUUGCGGAACACCAAUGCGGCGGGGCUGGCGUUCGAGAACCGCAAGCGGGUCGUGCAGGCGUUUUCGGACCCGCGGAAGCCAAACGAUCCGGGCAGGCCUGAGGUGCAAGCUGCUCUCCUUACGAUGAAGAUUCGUAACCUGUGGUCGCAUCUGACCAAGUACAAGCGGGACGUCGGCAACCGUCGGUGGUUGCGCAAGCUCGUACAUCAGCGAGCGAAAAUUCUCAAGUACCUGAAGCGGUUGGACCGAGACAGGUAUGAAGCGUUGCUGCCGCGCCUGGCGUUAGAGCCAGGGAGUGUGGAGGGGGAGCUCGUGGUAUAACAUGUCGAGCUACAUCACACCGUACCUGCAUUUACUGGGAUAGCCAAGGGUCACUCUAAUAAUCUAUACCUGUUAUGCAUAAUUUCCGCUGUUCUGUGUCCGUGCAGACUCGUCCCGCUGAAUAGCACAAUGGAAUCGUCGC